AAUUCGCUGGAUACGACUCCCACUCGACAUGAAACAGUUACUACACACUGCGGUAGUGCUCACGCAUCCAUUGCCGGCAGUGGGAAUAACGGAAUGAUUUGUACCGGAUCGAAGUCUUCCAGAGGCGAGAGACAGCUCAUCCGCACGGAGAGCUAGCACCAGACGACCCAUUCCUCACUGAGUUUGAUUUAGUAACCGAUAUGGGUCCAUGUUGACGGAGAUGGUUCCUUGAUUGACGGAAUCGGAGGCACCGGGAAUGAGAACUAAGUCUCUGACUAGUUGAUUGAAUCAUCACACGUCGAAGAUCGUUUAGGUCAGCCGGGCCGAGCACGCACUAGACUUUUAAUCCAGGAUGGAUGGUCGUGUGAGGAGCGUGAGGCGAUCAUGGCUGCCCAUUGCUUCUGCAGUACUGUUGGUCAUGCUGCAGACGUUGCACUUAGCAGACGGCCAGACGCAAUCCUGCAAUCCCACAACUGGGAUCCUGACCAUAACGACAACUCAUGUCUCCUAUAGUUCGGUAAGCAUGCUGCAAUCCUAUCAGCAGAAGUACUACAAGUGGUGCUGGGCCACCAUCAUCUCUUGGAGGAAGUGCACUAGAUACAGGACUGCACAGCAAACAGUGACAUCGCUAGUCACCACGACAGGUACAUCGAAGACGACGCGAUGUUGUGCAGGAUACACUCGGGUAUCGUCAACGAAGUGCCGGCCAGUGUGUAGCUCCGCGUGUCUAAAUGGAGGUACCUGCGUCGCACCGAACACCUGCUCGUGUGUGUCAGGAUACUCUGGUAAAACGUGUGGCAAUCCACUUUGCCAACCUGCUUGCAGCAAUGGUGGUGUGUGCACCCGGCCAAACGUCUGCAGCUGCCCAGCAGGCUAUAGCGGCGCACAGUGCACUGCAGUGUGCCCGGAUGGUACGUACGGCGUGGGCUGCCAGAUCUGCGGCUGCCGCAACGGUGGUACGUGUGCCAAGUUCUCCACCGCAAUGCAGUGCACUUGCAAGCCCGGGUACCAGGGUGCAAGGUGCGAGAACCCCUGCCAGCUACCCAGUUGUGGACUGGCGUGCGGCUCGGCCUGUUCGUGCGGCAAUUUCGGAACGUGUGACUACAGGUCAUGUGCAUGCACAUGCAGACCAGGGUAUCUGGGAGUUACGUGCGCCCAGAAAUGCACCCCCGGCUUCUACGGGCACAACUGCUUGCAGAAAUGUGCGUGCCAGAACGGCGCGGUCUGCGACGGUGUGACUGGCAAGUGCUUCUGCAAGCCUGGAUGGCGGGGUGAUGCCUGCAACUUGCCCUGUUCUGCGGGGACCUACGGGCAGGACUGCGCGCGUUUCUGUAGCUGCAUGAACGGAGGGCUGUGCGACCCGAUCACAGGCGGGUGCGCCUGCACAGCGGGCUAUACAUCCACAGACUGCAGUAAGACAUGCCCUGCUAAUACGUUUGGAAUUGGCUGCUCACAAACGUGCAAGUGCAUGGACGCCAACACGAAAUCCUGCUCACAUGUUGACGGUAGCUGCACCUGCAAAGACUGCUGGAAGGGCAGUAUGUGCGAUCAAUUAUGCCUUGUGACCUCUGCAGGCACUUGCCACUGCACUAUUGGCAAGUGCUCACCAGCCUGCAGUAACGGGAUUUGUGAUGGAUCUGGAUCAACUCCGGUUUGCAGAUGUAAUGCUGGCUUCAUGGGCGCAGCCUGUAAUCAGCCGUGUCCGGCCGGUAACUUUGGCCCUGGUUGUGCUGGGGUCUGUGGCUGUGGCAACGGCAACUGCAGCUCGGGCGAUGGAUCCUGCACAUGCACAAUUGGCUUCACAGGGGCGCGGUGCGAUAAACCGUGCCCAGCGGGUACGUAUGGUUUCCAGUGUGCCUGGGUGUGUCCGUGUGCCAACGGAGGCACGUGUGACCCGGUUACAGGCGCCUGCACAUGUUCAGGCGUCUACAGCGGCCCAACGUGCAAUCAAAUCUGCAACUCCACCUCGUACCCGCAGUAUCAGUCGAGCCCGACCAGCUGCUCCAACUGCACGUGUGAUCCAAGUAGCACUUCGAAGUGCGAUACGUUGACUGGCCUUUGCACGUGCAAGACUGGUUUUGCCGGUCGCGACUGCAACUAUCCGUGCCCGGACGGGUCCUACGGUGACCAGUGCAACGGACUGUGUCGGUGCAAGAACGGCGCAACGUGCCAUCCAGUCACCGGUGCCUGCAGCUGUGCGCCAGGCUAUCAAGGCCCACUUUGUGCCUCGACAUGCGCGCCAGGCAUGUACGGAGUGGACUGCACGCAUCCUUGCAGCUGUCAGAACGGAGCGGCGUGCGACAUGGCCACUGGUGCCUGCAACUGUACAGCAGGCUGGAUGGGCACGACUUGCGGCACUGCCUGCCCUGCCGGUUUCUAUGGCUACGGGUGCAGACAAGCCUGUGAUCCUAAAAAGUUCAAGUACGGCUCAAACUGUUUAUUGGAUUGUGGUUGCUACCUGCCAAACACCAUAGGUUGUGAUCCAUUCACUGGGAGUUGUCAGUGCAAGCCUGGCUUCGCUGGUGCAACAUGCAGUUCAAACUGCCCGUCGCAUAAAUACGGUGCUGACUGCCAGCUCGACUGCCCCUGCCAGCACAACAGCUGGUGUGAUCCGAUCAGCGGCGCCUGCAACUGCUCUACCAUCCUCGGAUACAAUGGCACAUUCUGCGAACAGGAGUGUCCGCAUCCAAAGUAUGGCGUGGAGUGCACCAAGACGUGCACGUGCUUCAAUGGAUUCGAGUGCUUCCCGACGAACGGCUCUUGCAAGUGCGGCGUAGGCUACUCCGGGUCUCAGUGUGAAAUCAGCUGUCCGGCUGGGUUUUGGGGUGAGGCCUGCCGGUCACGCUGUGUCUGCAGUGGCAAUGGUGUGUGCGACAUCGCCACUGGCAAGGUGUGCUCGUGCACGCCGGGCUGGAGAGGAGCGACUUGCCAGACACUUUGCCCACAGGGCACGUUUGGCAUAGAUUGUGCCAGCACCUGCACUUGUAAAGCAGACGAGCUGUGCUCGCCGGACUAUGGACAUUGCAGCUCCGCUCCACCAAGCACCAGUCCGACUGCUUUCUCAGUUGGCACGGCUGUGUCGUCAGUACUUCAUAGCACGGCUGUGUCGUCAGUACUUCAUAGCACGGCUGUGUCGUCAGUACUUCAGACUGGCCUCAGCACCGCUGCUGCGACAUCCUUUGGGCUCGGCACAGGUGCAGGAACCCAACCGGAAGGGACUGUUGGUGGCCAGGGAGUUGACGACGGUGAAAGCAAUAUUGGCCUGCUGGCACUUCUUGCCCUGCCAAUCAUUGUACUGGGUAUGGUCCUCCUGCUCAUCUACAUUCGCCGACAGAGAAAUGCAGCAAUGCCGCAUGGACGAACAUCAGGCAGCGAUGACUUGACACCAAAUCGCAUAUACAACAAGCCAAUGGGCAACGGAAAUGGCUCUGCAUUCUUCAACCGCAACUCUUCACAAGUUCGUCUUCUGCCAAAGGACCAGGUAAACCCGGGAUUCAGGCCCGAUGGUGAAGAUGGGGACGAUACAGAUGGACAAAUCCAGAACGAUGGCCGCCAAGACGUCGCCUUCUGGGACGGCAAAGUGCCGACGCGAUCCAAGAACGCCUCCUUAAAUACAGGUAGUACUGCCAAUGCGUCACGCACCCCCAGCGGUGUGAAGCCCUCUGGAGUGGGACGCACAGCAAGCUCGACGACUUUGCCCGGAGCUAAGAACAGGGCAAUGGUGGCAUUGCCGACACUUCCGUCGCCUCCAUCAGUGGAUGGUGAUUACGAAAUAGCCAAAGACUUCGGCACAACACCUUCACAAGCCAAAGACAGCAGCUGGCGGCCGAACGUCAGCCGAGGAGCUUUGUCCAGAAUGAGCGCGGGGAACAUUCCCUUCAGUACCAACAGCCCCACAUUGGCCACUGAUGGGUCUCCACAGUGCCCGGGUGACGAUGAAGAGUACUCAACGCUGCAGAGAGGAGCGGACGGUCCGGGCGGCGCAGGGCCACCGGACUGGAGAAGCUACAUGCCCAGCGUGGAGGGAAAGCAAUACGCAACGUUGAACCGCGCCAGCACACUGCCCCCACGUAGUCCUGCAGUCGACGGCGCUUACGAGGAUGCUGUGUGCGAAGAGGAAUACUCUACGCUUGAUCGAUCGGCGACCGCUGCCAACGGAAAAGCAUCGAAACUUCCAAGCAGGAAUAAGUGGGAGACCUACAGCACUCUGGAUCGGAGCACACGAGAGCCCGCUCUUGUGCAGGGUGCGGACGCUCCUGCCGACGCGGAGUACUCGACAAUUCAGAAAGGUGCCGUAUCAUCGGUCCCUGUUGGUUCUGCAGGAUACAGUACACUGGAGAGAGGACAAUCGUUGCAUGGCCCAAUGUCCACUAUUCUGCAGAGCACACUGACGGAGGAGGCUGUUCAAGACGGGCAACCUAGCAAUGAUCAAGCAAUAGUGAACAUAGCAGCCACGACUAGCAAUGCACUCCAGAGCGUGUCUGCUUCAGAGAGCCAACAGCCUUCUGCGAAAGAUUUUGCAAACCUGACUGAACGCCCACACCAAGGUGCUGUGCAAGGUGAGAGAGCCUACGAGAACACCAGCCCUGAGAGCAAAGCCAACACUGCCAAUGAGGCUAUGGAAUCCACCGCGAUCCUCAGGAGCGUAUCCACUUCGGUGAGCCAACAUUCGUCUGGAAAUGACCUCGCAAGCUCGAGUGACCGCCCGCACCAAGGUGCCGUGCAAGGUGAGAGAUCGUACGUGAACCCUGAGAGCAAAGCCAACACAGCCAAAGCAGUGCCGCCGCCUUUACACACAGAGCCGGUAGCAGUCCCCAAGCGGAUCAAAUCCAGGCCCGUUAGCAGGCAAGCAUCAGUAGAUCAGCCGAAGCACAGUACGUCUCACCUCUACAGUCAGCAACGCAUGUCGCUCCGCCGCACGUCCAAGAAGGAAGAAACCUCGAGCAGUGCGACCGGUGAAGACAAUCUCGCAACCGUUAUCUGACCUCGGGUUUGAACUGUUCGUGACGCUAUCUUGAUUGACUGUGAGUCUUGCCUUGACGGUGUUGUGUGAUGUGCCCAAUGAUAGCUAUGGUAUUGAAAUGCAAUACACUACAUGUAUGUUGCAGAUUAUGUUACACAAAUCGUGAGCAGUCCUCUACUGGAGAGUGAGAUAUGGGCACUGUAAUUUGAAUUUGACAUAGAAAUAUGCGUAGAAUCGGUUAUAUACUUCAAAAUAAUUAUUAUUUUGUUUCUAAGGUUACGCAAACUAGCUACUUCACGAAUUUAGCCAUUCACAAAUUAUCAAAACAUGUAUUUAUGUACUCAGAUGGAGAGCCAAGUACAGUAUAGCGUAACUUGUAGUUCCUUGGUCUUUCUCUUUUGCAUGUAUUUAUGCAUUCCUGAUACACACACAGCUUCUCACACGAAAGCCGCCACGUGUACAUGUACAAUAUGUGCGUAUAUGUACCAUCCUGUAUGGCAGUGUAGAAGUGGCAUUACUACAGGUACACUGCAGCUCAGCUUUGCUUGCACUUGGUCUUCUUGAUACAAUGAUAGGAAGGCAAGACGCCACAAGGCCUUCCCUUGAAACACUAAUCAGGCUACUCAAUAGCAACAAGCAUUUCAAUAAAAUCCUUAUUCUCAUGAUGGGCAAUGGCCAAUUUUGUUGUUGCUGUUCAGUGCUGUUUGCAGCCAGUGCCACUGCCACUGUCUAUGCAGCUCUGAGUUUGUCCUGUUGCUAA